AACCAAAUCAUUUUCAAGUUAAAGAUAGACACAGUAUACACCAGGAGCUAGAAGCUGGAUUUUAAACUCAUAUCUCGCCCUAGAAUUCCACGGAGCCUUGUGAUGAUCUCUCUAGCAAUUAACAAUUUGGUGAAAGUUUGUUCUUCCAGUGAAUGUGCUAAGAAUUCAUGUAUGUUCUGGAUGUACUGGAAUUAAAGGGAUUUAAGAGAUCAUGGUGUGCGUACUCCAGGAGAUAUAGGAUUUACCAGACCCUGGAUAAAAAAGUACUUGGGAAGUCUUUAAAUGACACAAUCAACUACCAUUUCAAAGAAAAGAAAAUAGAUGGUUUUGGGAAGUUCAUGCUGUUUGGUUACUCAAUUUUAGAAUGAUUGAAGAUAGUGGGAAAAGAGGAAAUACCAUGGCAGAAAGAAGACAGCUGUUCGCAGAGAUGAGGGCUCAAGAUCUGGAUCGCAUCCGACUCUCCACCUACAGAACAGCAUGCAAGCUGAGAUUCGUUCAGAAGAAGUGCAACUUGCACCUGGUAGACAUUUGGAAUGUCAUAGAAGCACUGCGAGAAAAUGCUUUGAACAACCUGGACCCAAACAUAGAGCUUAACGUGGCCCGCUUAGAGGCUGUGCUCUCCACCAUUUUUUACCAGCUCAACAAACGGAUGCCAACCACUCACCAAAUCCACGUGGAACAGUCCAUCAGCCUCCUGCUUAACUUCCUGCUUGCAGCCUUUGACCCGGAAGGCCACGGUAAAAUCUCAGUAUUUGCUGUCAAAAUGGCUUUAGCCACACUGUGUGGAGGGAAGAUCAUGGACAAGCUAAGAUAUAUUUUCUCGAUGAUUUCUGACUCCAGCGGAGUGAUGGUUUAUGGACGAUAUGACCAGUUCCUUCGAGAAGUUCUCAAACUACCCACAGCAGUGUUUGAAGGUCCUUCAUUUGGUUACACAGAACAGUCAGCUAGAUCCUGUUUCUCCCAACAGAAAAAAGUCACAUUAAAUGGUUUCCUGGACACGCUCAUGUCUGAUCCUCCCCCACAGUGUCUGGUCUGGCUGCCUCUCCUGCAUCGACUAGCAAAUGUUGAAAAUGUCUUCCAUCCGGUUGAGUGUUCCUACUGCCACAGCGAGAGUAUGAUGGGAUUUCGCUACCGAUGCCAGCAGUGUCACAAUUACCAGCUCUGUCAGGACUGCUUCUGGAGGGGGCAUGCUGGUGGCUCCCAUAGCAACCAGCACCAAAUGAAAGAGUAUACGUCAUGGAAAUCACCUGCUAAGAAGCUCACCAAUGCUUUAAGCAAGUCUCUGAGCUGCGCAUCCAGCAGGGAACCUUUGCACCCCAUGUUCCCUGAUCAGCCUGAAAAGCCGCUCAACUUGGCCCACAUCGUUGAUACUUGGCCUCCUAGACCGGUAACCAGCAUGAACGAUACCCUGUUCUCUCACUCCGUUCCCUCCUCAGGAAGUCCUUUUAUUACCAGGAGUAUGCUUGAGAGUUCAAACCGUCUUGAUGAAGAGCACAGACUGAUCGCCAGGUAUGCAGCAAGAUUGGCAGCAGAAUCCUCCUCGUCUCAGCCAACUCAGCAGAGAAGCGCUCCUGACAUCUCCUUCACCAUUGAUGCAAAUAAGCAACAAAGGCAGCUGAUUGCAGAACUAGAAAACAAGAACAGAGAAAUCUUACAGGAGAUCCAGAGACUGCGGCUAGAGCACGAGCAAGCUUCUCAGCCCACGCCAGAAAAGGCACAGCAAAACCCUACCCUGCUGGCAGAGCUCCGGCUCCUCAGACAACGCAAGGAUGAGCUGGAACAGAGGAUGUCUGCUCUCCAGGAGAGCCGGAGAGAGCUAAUGGUCCAGUUAGAAGGUCUCAUGAAGCUCCUAAAGGAAGAAGAACUGAAGCAGGGAGUAAGUUAUGUCCCCUACUGCAGGUCUUAACUAACAGUGGAGGGGCCUGCCGUCCUGCUGUUUUUCUCAUUGCUCUUGCCUCUAAUGUAUGUUCAUGCUUCAGUUUGGAAAGAAAAAAAAAUUAUACUAAUUUGCUUCUUUUUCAAUGUAGUGCUCGAACUGAGAUUAUAAAGUUUAGCAUUUUUUAUAAUUAUCACUGCUGUCUGCACCAAAAGAAGAACUACUACAUCUUUUAGAAGAGGGAACAAACUGUAAUUUGUUGGAAAUGUUCUAGAUCCCCUAGUGUAUAUGUUUCAAAUCAGUUUUAUGCUUUUCUGGGUUGUUGAUCAGAACCCUUCUCUUAACAGAAAAACACAGUCACUAGAGCUGCACAGAGGUUAAUGUUAUCUUAAAAUCUACAACACGCAAAAGCAAACCUUCAUGUCCUCUCCAUGAAUACUCAGUUUGGUUUCUGUUUCACUGAAAAAGUGUGGAAACUCUUUUUAUAAGAAUCAGGCAAGGGAUCUUUGUAAGAAUCCCCUAGCAUCCAGUAACUACAAGGCCCUGUCUCUCUCCCUCUGCUCAUCAGAAUGUGCUCAAUUGUGUGAAAAACCAUCCUAAGUACCUGACUGUCCACUUUCCAUCUUUUUGGUUCUUCCCUAAAGCAGAAUCCCAGAUGUUGGUUGACAAUAAUCUCUAAAAAAAUCAAGUAACUUACAACCUUUUUCAUCCCCAAAACCUUUCUGAUCUGGGAGUUCUUACGGUCAUUAUGUACACUUUCUUCCCAGAGUUAGGGGCAUUGUGAUUCUCUUCCCAUGACCUAACCUGAUGCCCCGUGUCUAGCCCAUAUACUCAUAUUCAGAACAACAAAGGGAGCAGCAUACUCAAAAUAAUAAUAAUAAUGAUAAUAAUGAUAGUAAUAAUAAAUUACAUAGAGGCAAAAGAAAAGCAGCUUUACUGUCCAGUGCAUGUACCAAACUGUGUAUGACAAUAUAUCCCACUUGGUAGCAUUAUUAAAAAGUUUCACAGCAUUUCCAUGGAUCGAUUAGAACCGCAGCCUGUCCGACUCCAACAUAUCUUUUAAUUCUUCUGUAUGCUCCUUUCUAUUAUUCAUUGUGUGUGUUUGUGUGUAACAAAGAAUGUUUGCAAAAUGCUGAACACAUUUUACCUUCAUUUCCAUCAUCUGUAAAAAAAAGGAAAAGUGUUAAAUUAAUCUGUAAUGUCAGACAAUAAAGACAAUGUACUACAGUAUUUUGUAUUUUGUGGAAAAAAAAAUUACUGAACUUAACUCAAGUUUUAACAAGGGCCAGUCCCCCUGGGGUAGACAUACCACACUAACAGCCUAAAUGGAAGUUGCUAUUGUGCUUCCAACAUACUUAGAUCAUGGUAAAGAAAAUACCUUUCUUGUGAUUACUUCCCUUUGCAAAUGGCCUCUUUUCUUUCCUGUCUCUUACUUGUCAUGCGCAUAGACAAAGAAAACACUGCUCAAAUAUAACCUUCCUCCUCUUAGUGGAAAGAGAGGGCAAUCAUCCUUCAUCGGUCAACCUUACUUGAGUUGUUUCCCUUCGGGGUGCUUUCCCUACGAUUUCCCAGGCAGCACAUUCUUGAAACCUCCCUUUGAGCAGGAAACUCAUAAACAGAGGCACAGAGCCUAACCAGGCAGUGCCCUUAAGGUGACAUCAUGGUUGUCACCUUUCAGCCCUCCUGUGCUGGUUGAUCUCCUCUCAGUAGCUCCCGUUCCAGCUACAGUAUCUAGGAGGGUCAGCCUGAAGUGGGUACCACAGCACUGGGACUUACAGGCCUGUAGUCAGUACCCUCAGAUAUCAGAAACAUUGUCUGGGAGGAAAGUUUGCCUGUUUUACUCGUAUCCCUUUAAUUUGAUACUCAAGCUUCUCUUCCAAAAGGACCUGAGGCAGCUUGCAACAAAAUACGUGACCAGUGACUGCCUAAAAUGGAAAUAGCAAAGUAUAAAACUAAGGAAAGGGAAAUGUAAAUAUGCUAAUCAUAAGGAACAAGGGUGUUCCUCUGAGCUUUCUAGCAAUGAAGCAAAAAAGGAAAAUAUGAUCUGUGGUUCUAUCAGUAUAGAAAUACCACUUCUCAGGAGAGCAAGAUUUCUGCACCACAAACUAUAAAAGAAAGUCUUCACUUGGAAUUUUAUAGAAGUACUGAAUAAUAAAAUGGAAAAACAAAGUCAUAGAUUUCAUGUGGCUGUUUCUCAUACUGACCUUCGGUCUAAAUUAAAGACAGAACCCUAUAAACUCCAGCCUUAUAGAGGCAGUUCUAUAAAGAAAUAAAUAAGUCCCCUCCAUAUCUAUAGACUGCUCAUAGUAUAACAUGAUCUAAGGAGAGAAUUUAGAGGUUUUAGACCAGCAUCUGCUUCUAAAUUCUGUUUUUAUUUAUGAGCCUUUCCCCACUGGGGACAUUCUCUUUGUAAAAUCAAACUUUAAAAACCUCCAAAAAACAAAUUGUGCUUGAUUUAAUAACCUCUAUUUGCUUUAAGUCUGUGUGGUUCAAUGUGGCAUUUUAUUAUACUGGUAUAUAUAAUUCCAACUUAUACUGUUUCUUGUAUAAAUGCAUGAAUUUAUCCCCAUUGAGGGCAGAACAUGAUUUUUUUUAAAAUAGUGCCUGUAAUAUAAUAUGAUGAUGAUGGUAUCACAAGCAAUAAAUUCUUUUUUGACAAAACUUGAA